AUGGUGGCAACAGUUCCACAUUUUACGAAUUAUGAGUUUACCAUGGAUGAGCCUGUUAAGGACACAGUGAUAAGAGACGUAAAAAGUGUCUACAAGAAGAUAUUGCACAUAUGCUUUCAUCAGUACGAUGACGAUAACACCGUAAAGAAAUGGGAUUUAUGGGGAUCCUUUAUUGUCUACAUAACACUGUCCAUAAUUAUAUUUUUAGAUAAGGAAAUAUCCGACAAGAAGAACACCUUUGCAUAUUUUUUUUUUUCCUUCAUCCUUGGACAUAUUUUGGUUUCCCUUAAUUUAUCGCUGCUACACACAAAUAUACACUUUUUUCAGAUUUUAUGCAUCAUUAGCUAUGCCCAAUUUCCGCUGGUCUUUUCCUCCAUCGUAAAUUUGCUCGUGCCUUGUCAAAUGCUACGGCUUUUAUUUUCCCUUUGGUCAAUCGUCUGGUCCACGUACAAUUGCAUCCUCAUUUUGGCGAAGUUUAUAAAAAAGAACAGGAUGCUGAUUUGCUUCGUCCCCAUUUGCUUGCUGCAGUUUUUUGUUGCCACCUUUUUCUUGAUUAAGUGA